CUCGAGUCAUUUCACCGGGCCAGCCGCACGACGCUAGCGGACACUUGCGCGCCGCCACUAUUUUAUUUGGCAACACUCGUACACAACUAGACGGCGUAUGCCGACAGGCAUACAAUCAGGCAGACGCUCGAGACCUAGGACUCAUGUGUGGGGAGCAGCUAUCUGCUGGGCAUUGGAGUUCCAUCAUAGCGUCACGCCUUCAGGCCUUGAAUGAGUGUUGAGGCACCGGCAGAAUGAGUGUUGGCGCACGCGGUCGCAGCGGCAAUGCACUCAGCGCUUUAGCGAACCAAUGUAAACCAAUCAAGUGGAUUCUGAUAAAGGAGCUGCACAUCAAAUGGCCAGCGUUCCGCUAGGCGCUCUGCCCGAGCCGGGUUGAGCAAGCGACAGCCCUUGUCCUUGGACGUCAGCAACAUAACAAUGAAUCUUGUCGGUGUCCCUCAUUUCCCUUGGAUUGUGAUCGGGCGUGACGCAGCGGUCGAGCAGGACGCUCACCGCUCACCGCUGCAUGGUCCCACUGGCGCUCAGCAGCAGCAGCAGCAGCAUCAGAGGCCAGGCGGCCGCGGCGGCAGGGAUGGGGGCCGCAGGGGCGGGCUGUCCAAUGCAAUUGGCCGCGAUAGCGAGGCGGUGGGGGCGGCGGAGGCGGGCAGAGGCAGCAGCAGCAACAGCAGCAGCAAGGGGAGGGCGGCGAGGGUGGUUGGGCUGGCGGAGGCAGUGGCCGUGGGCCGGACAGGGCGGGCUCGGGGGCUCUGCCUGUGAGCGGCGGCCGGGGCGGCGUUGGAGCUGACGGGCGGGGGAGGAGGAGGAGUGGGCGGGAGCAGCGGCGCCUCCAGUGCCGCCAACGCCAAUCACCUCCUCACUUCAUGUACGACUCGGCGAGGCCGGGAGGUGGCCGGGGCGGCGGCAACAGGGGCGGCAGCCGCUCCGGCAGCGCGUGGGGUGGCGGCGGCGGCGGCGGGGGCUUGUCGUCGGCGCGGCGGUAUGGUAGUACGACAAGAACGGGCGGCGGGCGUCCCCAAAAGUACGACAAGAACAAGUUCCUGCAGGCCAACUUCCGGUUCCUUGUGUCGGACGCGCUGGACAUGGCUGCCUACGAGGCGGACGCCGAGAAGAUGCUGGACUGGGACGAUGUGCUGCAGGUGGAGAUGGCCAGCGCGGUGGCGGUGCAGUGCCUCAUAUCGCUGGACAGCCCGCCGCUGUGCCCCCAGAUCACGCCGUGCGGCCACGUGUUAAAGUUCGCGGCGCACAAGCACCGUACGCCCGGGCCCUACAUGUUCCAUCGUAUGCGACACAUGGGAGUGCACAGCGUGCGCGCAACACCAACCACAAGUGCAAAGUGCUGCUGGGGUCCCUCUGUCACGCAAGGGGAGUUGGGGCCGAGGGAGAGCAGGCGCUCUGCCCCCUGCCCGCUGUGCUUCAGCCCGGUGGUGGCCCGCGAGCUGCGGCUGGUGCGCAUCCGGUCCGUGGCCCCGCCGCGCCCCGGGCAGCAGCUGACCAUGACGCUCAUACGCCGCACCCGCACCUCCAUCAUACCGCAGCCGGUGGCGGCGCCGACGCAGGAGGCGGCGGCGCAGGGCCAGGGGCUGGGAGCGGAGACGGCCGGGGCGGGUUGCAGCGGACGGGAGAGCGGAGAUGGGGGCGGCGGGGCUAAAGCAACUUUGUUCGUCAAGUUUGUGGUGGUGGGCGGCGGCUGCACGAGUGAGCUGUGGCGGGCGGCGGCGGAGCAGCUGGCGGGUUGCGCUAACCAGCUGCUUGCGGAGGGCGGGCUGGACGCCGCUCAUGAGGCGCCCUUCGUGUACGGCGCGCUGGAGCAGCUGGCGGCGGGCGAGGAGGUGGGCGGAGCACCGCGCGGAGGGGCUGGCGGCGCGCGGGCAGCUGGCGGCCAGGGAGGGGCCGGGAGCGGCGCCGGACGCGUUGGGGCUGGCGGCGGAGGCGGCGGUCAGAAGAUGUUCACCACCGCUGUGACGGGCGGCCACGAGCCGGCCGCAGCUGCGGAGCACCAGCGGCGCCACCAGCACCCACAGCAGCAGCAGCAGCAGCCGACGAAGCCUGCGAAGGAGUUCCCGUCCCUGGCGCCCCUGGCCACGUCCCUGACCCCUGCCAGCCCGUCUGGUAGCAGCCGGAAUGGAGCCACCGGGCCUAUGAAGCAGCCGCUGCCUCCGCAGCAGCAGCAGCAGCAGGCCGUUAAGCCACCUGCUUGUGGCCCUGGCAGCGGGGCAAAGGGUGCCAUCGCGGCAGCUGCUGGCGUCUGGUAGCAGCCGGAAUGGAGCCACCGGGCCUAUGAAGCAGCCGCUGCCUCCGCAGCAGCAGCAGCAGGUCGUUGUAGCCCCAGCAGCGGGGCAAAGGGUGCCAUCGCGGCAGCUGCUGGCGUGGGAUCUCCACUGCCGGCAGGCGCUGAAGCAGCAGUGGGCUGGGCGGCGGGCGCUGAGGCGGGCGGCGGAGGCAGUGGAGAGCAGGCACAGCAGGAGCACCAGCAGGCGCCGCCGGACGAGCAGCGGCUGCGGUUUGAGGCUGCCUUUUUGGAGGACGAGGACGAGGGGGAUGGCGGCGGCGGCGGGCAGCAGGCUGCCGUACAUGGGGCGCCGCCGGAGAAUUUGGCGGGCUGCCGCUGUCUCCGCUGCCGCCGC